GCCCCAGAGCGGACGUCCCCAGUCCUUCCCACCUCCGAUCUCAAACCCCCCCAAAAUGGCGAGUGAGGCUGCGGCGACGCGCUGAGGAGCGGAGGCGAGCGUGCAAAGCCGCUGCAGCCCUCAGUCCGGAGCCCGGCCAGGCCCUGCCGCAGGGAACAUGCACUUUUCCAUUCCUGAAACCGAGUCCCGCAGCGGGGACAGCGGCGGCUCCGCCUACGUGGCCUAUAACAUUCACGUGAAUGGAGUCCUGCAUUGUCGGGUGCGCUACAGCCAGCUCCUGGGGCUGCACGAGCAGCUACGGAAGGAGUAUGGGGCCAAUGUGCUUCCUGCAUUUCCCCCAAAGAAGCUUUUCUCUUUGACACCUGCUGAGGUAGAACAGAGGAGAGAGCAGUUAGAGAAGUACAUGCAAGCUGUUCGGCAAGACCCAUUGCUUGGAAGCAGUGAGACCUUCAAUAGUUUCCUGCGUCGGGCACAACAGGAGACACAGCAGGUCCCCACAGAAGAGGUCUCUUUGGAAGUGCUGCUCAGCAACGGGCAGAAAGUUCUGGUCAAUGUGCAAACUUCAGAUCAGACUGAGGAUGUCCUGGAGGCUGUGGCUGCAAAGCUGGAUCUUCCAGAUGACCUGAUCGGAUACUUUAGUCUCUUUCUAGUUCGAGAAAAAGAGGAUGGAGCCUUUUCGUUUGUACGGAAGUUGCAAGAGUUUGAGCUGCCUUAUGUGUCUGUUACCAGUCUUCGGAGUCAAGAGUAUAAGAUUGUGUUAAGGAAGAGUUAUUGGGACUCUGCCUAUGAUGACGAUGUCAUGGAGAACCGGGUUGGCCUGAACCUGCUUUAUGCUCAGACAGUAUCAGACAUUGAGCGUGGGUGGAUUCUGGUCACCAAGGAGCAGCAGCGGCAGCUCCGAUCACUGCAAGAGAAGGUCUCCAAGAAGGAGUUCCUGCGGCUGGCCCAGACGCUGCGGCACUAUGGCUACUUGCGCUUCGACGCCUGUGUGGCUGACUUCCCAGAGAAGGACUGUCCAGUAGUGGUGAGCGCAGGCAACAGUGAGCUCAGCCUCCAGCUCCGCCUGCCUGGCCAGCAACUCCGUGAAGGCUCCUUCCGGGUCACCCGCAUGCGGUGCUGGCGGGUCACCUCCUCUGUGCCAUUGCCCAGCGGAGGCACAGGCAGCCCAGGUCGGGGCCGGGGUGAGGUGCGCCUGGAACUGGCUUUUGAAUACCUCAUGAGCAAGGACCGGCUGCAGUGGGUCACCAUCACCAGCCCCCAGGCUAUCAUGAUGAGCAUCUGCUUGCAGUCCAUGGUAGAUGAACUGAUGGUGAAGAAGUCCGGCGGCAGUAUCAGGAAGAUGCUACGCCGGCGGGUAGGGGGCACCCUGAGACGCUCAGACAGCCAGCAAGCAGUGAAGUCCCCACCGCUGCUUGAGUCACCUGAUGCCAGCCGGGAGCCCAUGGUCAAACUCUCAAGCAAGCUGAGUGCCGUGAGCUUGCGGGGGAUUGGCACUCCCAGUACAGAUGCCAGUGCCAGUGACGUCCACGGCAAUUUCGCCUUCGAGGGCAUUGGAGAUGAGGAUCUGUGAUCUCCAGUGCUCGGAUGUCUGCCCUCUACCCUGGAGGAAUGUUCAGAAAUUUGCCCUGUGCCUGUAUCCCCCAAACCGGGGGUAUUUUCCUUUCUUUUGUCCCCUCUUCUCAGCCAAGGGCCUCCUAAUCCACCUUCCCUUCCCCUCCCCUCCCCUCCCCAGGGCUGGCUAUACAAAAGAUCGCUCAGAGCUGGCCCUCAUUGCCAAAUUAGCAUUUAGUAUUUUGCACACAGUCCACGGGACCAUGGCUACCUGUCUGGGGAUGAACCACAACUCCCCCCGCCCCCCCUCCAGGCUGCUUCUGGCUUCUUGGGGCCAUGAGCCAAGGGGAUGGGCAGAGGUCUGUGUAUGGUCUGGCCCAGCUCCCCAUCAUUAAACUCAGCCUGAUUGCUGCCU